AUGGACACCAUCUUCUUGUGGAGUCUUCUAUUGCUGUUUUUUGGAAGUCAAGCCUCAAGAUGCUCAGCUCAAAAAAAUACCGAAUUUGCAGUGGAUCUUUAUCAAGAGGUUUCCUUAUCUCAUAAGGACAACAUUAUAUUUUCACCCCUUGGAAUAACUUUGGUUCUUGAGAUGGUACAACUGGGAGCCAAAGGAAAAGCACAGCAGCAGAUAAGACAAACUUUAAAACAACAGGAAACCUCAGCUGGGGAAGAAUUUUUUGUACUGAAGUCAUUUUUCUCUGCCAUCUCAGAGAAAAAACAAGAAUUUACAUUUAAUCUUGCCAAUGCCCUCUACCUUCAAGAAGGAUUCACUGUGAAAGAACAGUAUCUCCAUGGCAACAAGGAAUUUUUUCAGAGUGCUAUAAAACUGGUGGAUUUUCAAGAUGCAAAGGCUUGUGCAGAGAUGAUGAGUACCUGGGUAGAAAGAAAAACAGAUGGAAAAAUUAAAGACAUGUUUUCAGGGGAAGAAUUUGGCCCUCUGACUCGACUUGUCCUGGUGAAUGCUAUUUAUUUCAAAGGAGAUUGGAAACAGAAAUUCAGAAAAGAGGACACACAGCUGAUAAAUUUUACUAAGAAAAAUGGUUCAACUGUCAAAAUUCCAAUGAUGAAGGCUCUUCUGAGAACAAAAUAUGGUUAUUUUUCUGAAUCUUCCGUGAACUACCAAGUUUUAGAAUUGUCUUAUAAAGGUGAUGAAUUUAGCUUAAUUAUCAUACUUCCUGCAGAAGGUAUGGAUAUCGAAGAAGUGGAAAAACUAAUUACUGCUCAACAAAUCCUAAAAUGGCUCUCUGAGAUGCAAGAAGAGGAAGUAGAAAUAAGCCUCCCUAGAUUUAAAGUAGAACAAAAAGUAGACUUCAAAGACGUUUUGUAUUCUUUGAACAUAACCGAGAUAUUUAGUGGUGGCUGCGACCUUUCUGGAAUAACAGAUUCAUCUGAAGUGUAUAUUUCCCAAGUGAUGCAAAAAGUUUUCUUUGAGAUAAAUGAAGAUGGCAGUGAAGCUGCAACAUCAACUGGCAUACACAUCCCUGUGAUCAUGAGUCUGGCUCAAAGCCAAUUUAUAGCAAAUCAUCCAUUUCUGUUUAUUAUGAAGCAUAACCCAACAGAAUCAAUUUUGUUUAUGGGAAGAGUGACAAAUCCUGACACCCAGGAGAUAAAAGGAAGAGAUUUAGAUUCACUGUGAAUGAAAAGCACAGCCUCAGAAUAAAAGAUGAUUUCUCAAAAAUAGCUGAUUGGCAAAAUAUCAUCAUCUUAACAAUAUUUGCUCUAUAUCUUAUGUCUUUUCUGUUUUAAACUGUGCCUGUAGUAAUAGAUAUCUGUCUUGAUGAAUAAGUAAAAUUAGGUAUGCAUUUGUUUCUGUUCCUUCUGUAUGUUUUAGAAAAUCUAUAUGCAUCUAAAACCUUGAGCGUACGUAAAAUAUUACCAUUCAUAUGUUAGAAUAAUCCUGUCUAUAAUCUUAAAUAUCAAAUUCUUGCCUUAGAUAUCAAAUUUAUUAUUCCCUAAAAUACUAGACUAUUAGAUUCAGGCAUAGCACCAUUAUCUAGCUAUGGGGAAAUAAGGUAAAGAGACCAUGGCCAUGGUACAUGCCUCUCUGGGGUGUCACUCGAGACACAGAGAUCCAGUAUUCCUUGAAGUAGAGGAG